ACUGUCUCUGUCAACUUCUUUGUCUUUCCAGCAAACGGAAGGCUUCAAGAAACGCUGGUUCACUCUCGACCAGAGGCGACUCAUGUACUUCAAAGAUCCGCUGGACGCCUUUGCCAAAGGUGAGGUGUUCUUGGGGAACAAGGACCACGGUUACAGCGCCUCCCCCGGCCUGCCUGCUGGCACCCACUGCAACGGCGCCUGGCAACACGGUAUCACCAUAAAGACACCAGAGCGCAGCUUCCUGUUUACUUGCGAGUCAGAGAGCGAGCAGCAGGAUUGGCUGAAACACUUCGAUGAUGUCAUGAAUGCUGUGAUGUCCCCUCAGGAGUACACAAUGGAAGCCUUGUUCAGGCACCGGCAUUGAUGGACCAGAGGCCUGCGGGACCAUCUCCUCUCCUCUCAGCCAAUCACCAGUCUGACACCGGACCCACAUCGGUUCUGCCACUGAGCAUGUCAUCGCACCAAAAUCUGACCUUCAUCACUAAUAUGCUCAGACCGGAGCUUGUCCCAAGUCCCAACGGUGCUCUUUGGGAACUGGGUUAGCAGACCAGAGGACCGAGGCAACUAUGUUUUUGGUAAAUGAAAAACAUUGUCGAGCCCAAAUAACUAGAAACACAUAAAUGUACAGUGAUAAUCAUAAUAUUUAAUUUUGUUAUGGUGACAGCUUUGAUGUUUUACUGUAGUCUAAACAUCAUCCUGUGUGCCGGUGGAUUGAUUUGUUUAUUAAGGUAAAAUAAUGCAGUUGUUGGUUUAUUAGAUGAUCAAUGUGAGAUCUAAGCAAAGCCUCGGUCCUCUUGUAUUCAGUGUUUGGUUUCAGGUGUGAGGUGAUGAUUGGGUAACACUCACACGGUACC